AUGCAGUUGCGAAUGCCCCGAGCGACGGGCGGCAAUUUGGGAAGAACCAAGAAUAUCAUCCAUUUCGUGCAGGCGUUUGUGAUUUUCAUUGCGUGGGCCAUGACGAUCGCGAUCUGGACAAAGGGUGAUGGUAUCGAUGGACGGACAGUAUGGUACUGGAUCUUGUGUUGGAUCAGUAUCCCCGCUCUGAUUUAUCUCGCCGCUGUGCCCAUGUGGCCCCGAGCCCGCCGAUUUGGAAAUGUGUAUGCUUUUGCGACGGUCGACCUUAUCUUUACUGUGUUCUGGUUCAGUGCCUGGGUUUGCCUAGCUUCCUACGUUGCGCAGGGAAAGAGCAUCGGAAAGUCGACCAGCGAUGAUUCAAGUUCAUCUUCAACUUCAUCCAGCACCAAGUCUCGUCGCGCCUCGAGCAGCACGAAGUCCGGUUGUGACAACUGGGCUUAUGGCAGUGCUGGCAAAUGCAAGAUCAGCACGGCGACCACUAUCAUCGGUGUUUUUGUCUUCCUUCUCUUUGCCGUCACCGCUUGGAUGUCCUUCCGCAAUGUGAUGCACUUCCGUCGCACCGGUACCCUCCCCGACGCAGUCUCCGAUCCCACCUUCGCCGCCCAGAGCAAGGCCGCCUUCUCUUCGAACCCGGCCCAUGACUUCGAGGAGGAUGAGGAUGACUUCCGCUCUGGUCGUGCCGGUAUGGCCGCACCAUCUGCCAGUGAGCGCGACGAGGACUAUGCUCUGCUUCAGCAGAGCGAGAUGGACGACAUUAGCAACGCGCACGGCCGGACCGCAAUGCACGGUGCUUAUGACCCCACUGGGCCUGCUCCCGGCAGUGUUCUCCACGACUAUAAUAGCACCGGCUAUGGUGGUGCUCAUGGGCAACACUACGCCCCUCCAUCGGAGUAUGGCUCCUCGAUGAGCGGGUAUGGUCGGUAG